AUGCUGGGGCUCCCGCCGUCGUGCUACACGGCGAACGGCGCGCCGCUGUGCUUCGACGUGCCGACGACGGUGCUGCUCCUCGGCGUCGCCGUCGCGAUGUGGCGCGCCUCCGGCGACGCGCAGGGCGCGCCGAAGGCCACGCCCCUGCGCGUGGGCAUCGGCGUCGCGGCGCUCUGCGCGGCGACCUGCGACCUCGUGCUGGGCAUCGACGCCGUCGCCGCCGUGCCCUGGCGCCUCUCGCGGCUCGCCGUCGGCGGCGCGGCGGCCGCGCGGUGCGCCGGCUGGCUCGGCGCGCGGUCGCUCGCGGCGCGGUCGCGCGACGUGCCCGGCGCGCUCGCGGCCUUCGCCGUCGGCGAGCUCGCCCUCGCGGGCUUCGCCCUGGGCCCCGCGGCGGCGCGGGCGGCGCGGCCCGCGGCCGGGGCCGUGGAGGUCGUCGGCGCGGCGCUCGCGGCGGGCCGCUUCGCGAGCUGCGCGGCCGCGGCGCUCUGCCUCGGCGUCGGCGCGCUCGCCGUCGGCGACGCGGGCGACGACGUCGAGGCCGGCGAGGGUUUGCUCGGGGGGCGGAGUACGCCGAACGUCUCCCUCGACGGCGUGUCGCUCAAGGGCCUCUUCGGCUGCCUGAGGCCGCGCGAGGCGCCGCCGCCGCCGGAUUUGGCCGCGGCGCUUUUAGCCGACGCCGCGCGCUCGCCGUCCCAGUUCCUCAUCGCGCGCCACGACUUCGCGCGGCCCCACAGCGACGCGCCGCCGCCGCUGGCCCCGUCGUCGCCCGCGCGGCUCCGCUACGUGCCGUCGCCCGCGGGCACGGGCGUGACGCCCCUCGCCGCGGGCCGCGACACCCGGAGGCCCGUGCUGCGCGCGCUGGGCUUCAGCGUGCUCGGCGACCGGCCGCUCUACGAGCUCGAGGUGACGCCGCCGGGCUUCGGCGCGGAGCCGCGCGUCGUGAAGCGCUUCGAGUUCCACCUCGACCUCUGCGACGCGCUCCUCCGCCAGUCCCUCGCCGCGCCGACGCCGCCGCGGGCCGCGAGCUUGGACGCGGGCGCGACGCCGCCGAAGAGCUUCGGCGACCUGUUCCGCUCCGCGCCGAAAUCCGCGCCGCCGCGACCGCCGGAGCCGGAGGCGCCGGGGCCGGGCGUGCCGCGGCGCCGGCCCGACGCGCCGGCGGCGGCGCACCUGACGGACGUCGAGGCCCACUUCGAGCGCCUCGUGACCUUUGGCGCGUCGGAAUCGCUCGCGGCGUCGCGCCGCGCGGCGCUCGCGAACGCGCUCCUCGCGGCGCCCGAGGAGCCCGGCGACGCCGACCUUACGGCGCCCGAGCCGGCGGCGCCGGAGGACGACGGGCCGGGCCCGCCGCCGACGCUCCUCGGGGGCGGGGCCGUGUCCGCGGACGUCAACGCGGUCGCCGUCUGCGCCGUCGCGAAGAUCGCCGACUCGUUCCGCGAGACCUACGGCACGCUCGCGAGCGGCCGCGUGCUCUACCGCGUGCGCGUCUUCGAGGACGGCGAGCUCAAGUGGACCUGCGCCAAGUCCUUCGCGCAGCUGCGGGCGCUCGCGGGCCUCGUCGGCCGCGCGGCGCCCGAACCCGACGCGGCGCCGAAGCUCCCGCGGCCCCGGCCGCCGGCGAGCGCCUGGUCCCCGCCGGGCCGGCCCCUGCGCUGGGGCCACGACCCCGACGCCGUGCCCGACGCGAACGCGGCGCUGGGCUUCGCGCUCGCGGCGCCGGCGUUUGCGGAGACCGUCAGGCUCUUCCUCGAGUCGGACGUCGUCGCCGGCGGCGCCGACCGCUGGGACCUCGUGGCCGCCGUCGACGACGCCGGCGCCUUCACGGCGACCUGGGCGACGUGCGCCGCGGCCGACGACGCGCGCCGCCGCGGCGCGGCCGCGCGGUCGCUCGCGCUCGACAACGCGGCGCCCGCGCUCAACUGGCUGCCCGCCGACCCGCCGCCCUUCGAGCUCGGCGGCGACGUCGCCGACGUCGCCCGGGCCGCCGCGGCGCUGCUCGCCGCCAUGCUCGCGGCCGCGGGCGCGCCCGCGGGCGACCGCUGCGACGCGGACGACGGACGCUUCGAGCGCCUCGACGGCCAGGACGACGCGAGGCUCAUCGCCGGCGGCGACGGCGUCGCGGCGCUGGAGGCGUCCGAGCGCGCGCCGCCAGGGCCCGACUCGCCGAGCGCCGCGCGCCGCUUCAGCCGCCAGUCGAUCAAGCAGGGCAUCCUGAGCCUGAAGGACGGCGUCCUCGACCUCGUCAUCAGCGACAAGGCGCCGACGCCCCGGGGGCACGGGGCGCCGACGCCCCGGGGGCGGCGCAUCUCCGCGAGCCUGCCGCCGGCGGCGCUCCGCGCGAGCCGCGCGCAGAGCCGUUUAUCGGUCGACGACGCGGACGGCGACGACGACGACGGCCGGCCGUCGGACCUCGCGCCCGCGGAGGCGCCCGCGGCGUCGCGGCGCCCCUCCGACGCGGCGCCGCGCGGCGGGUUGCACGUCGCCGACGGGUCCACGGGCGGCUGCUGGGUGUCGCUCGCGCGCUACCGCAACGCUCUACUGCACACGUCCGCGUGGCGCGACUUCCGCGCGGUCGUCGGCCGCCUCCGGAGCUGCGAGCCCCUCGCGGAGCGCGAGCCCGGCGCGCCGGCGCGCGCGGCGACGCUGCUGAACCUCCACGGCGCCCUCGCGGUCCACGGCGCGCUCGCGGCGGGCGCGGGCAGCGGCCGGCCGACGUCGACGCAGCGGUGCCGCGACCACGACCGCUACGCGCUCGCGCCGGGCGACGACGACGAGCACGUCGCGCUGGGCCACCUCGAGGACGCGCUGCUGCGGCGGCCGGCCUGCGCGCAGCUCAUCGCCGCGAAUUUAGGCGAGUUCUCGGAGCGGCCACCGCGCGCGCUCGACGUCCGCGCGGCGCUGCUCCUCUGCGCGGCGCGGGCCUGCGCGCCGGCGCUCGGCGCCGCGGCGCCGCGGCCGCGGCGCGCGGCGCGGCGCGCCAUCGAGCGCCGCGCGGCGGCCGUCGUCGACGCGUCGCUCGACCUGGUCGUCGCGCCGCGCGGCAGCUCGCUCUACGACGACGACGGCGACUCGCGCGGGUCCCUCGCGAGCGCGCGCGGGGCGGACGACCGCGACGGCGUCCGCGAGUCGCUCGCGUCGGCCUUCGACCAGGCCGGCGACGACGGCUCGGACCCGGGCCGCCGCCGCGGGAGCGCGGCCGGCGACGACGACACGCUCUCGCGCGGCUCGCUCGGCGACGGCGACGCGACCUUCGGCGUCACCGUCGUCCUGCCCCACGACUUCCAGCGCCACGCCUGCGUCGCGAGCCGCCGCGCGUGGCGGCGGCGGCGGCGGCGGCGGAAGCCGCGGCCCGCGGCCGGCCGGGGGCCCCGCGGCGACGCCUCGAACCCGCCGAGCGCGGGCGGCGCGGAGUGGUGCGACGCCGCCGAGGCCCAGCGGCGGCUCCAGGAGGAGUCCGAGGCCGCGCGCGUGGGCGCGGCGCGCCGCGAGCGCGCGGGCCUCCGCGAGUUCGUCGACGACAGCGACGGCGACGGCGCGCGGCGGUCCGGCGACGACGACGCGUCGUCGUCGUCGUCGUCCGAGGAGGACGCGAGCGUCCCGGGCGACGCGGACGGCCCGGCGUCGCCGGGCCGCCUCGAGCGCCGCGGCGCGGCCAUGCGGAACCUCCUGGAUUUCCUCGCGUCGACGGGCGGCCGCGCGACGGCCAAGGCCCUCGACGACCCCCGGACGACGACGACGCGCGUCCGGUUCCGCCGCGCGGACUUCCGCCCCGCGCUCCGCGUCUUCGACGCGAAGGGCGAGGCGUGA